UUAAUUUGGGAGCCAAAAGUUAUCGAGCUAGCUAGAUCAAUGGAGAUGGAGAUGCUCAUCCUUUUUUUGCUGCUUCCCUUUGUUCCUCUCUAUCUUUUUCGUUUGUUGAACAGUAAUGCCCGCAAAAGUAUUACUGAAGUUGAUCAUCACCAUCAGCUCCAGCUCCCACCAGGAAGCUCAGGUUGGCCCAUCAUCGGUGAAGGCCUUGCUUUUCUGAUGACAGCCAAAAGGGGUGUCCCGGAGAAGUUCAUCGGAGAUAGGAGGAUCAAAUUUUCGUCAUCUUCACAUUCCAAAAGCAGCAUCUGCAAAGUGUUCACCACAUCGUUGCUACGUGAAUCAGUGGCGGUUCUGUGUACUGCCGCCGGAAACAAGUUCCUGUUUUCAAACGAGAACAAACUCGUCCACUCAUGGUGGCCUGAAAACAUCUACACCAUCUUUGCCGGCUCCGACAGACCUGAAUCCCACGAGGAGUCCAUUCGACUUCGCAAAGUUCUGUCUCCAUUUUUCAGCCCCAACUGUCUCCAAAAGUACGUAGGGAUCAUGGAUGCCUUCACUAAACGUCAUCUGGACGUGUUUUGGUCGGAUAAAAAACAAGUCAAAGUUCUAGCCCUAACAAAGAUGCACACCUUCGCAUUGGUGUGUAAAAUCUUCUUAAACGUGGAGGAUCCAUCAGUGAUUGCCAAACUAGAGGAGCCGAUUCAGCAUAUCGCAGCAGGCUUCAUUGCGUUGCCGAUAAAUCUGCCUGGCACAGCGUUCAACCGAGCCAUCAAAGCAUCCAUGCAAGUCCGGAAGGAUCUUGAAGAAAUGGUUCAACAGAGGAGAAUCGAUCUAGAUCGAUUUCGACAGACGGCUACUGCAUCAGAUGUAAAUGAGAAUAGUAAUUAUCAAGAUUUGAUGUCUAAGUUGCUGAUGGACACAUAUAGCGACGGCCGACAGAUGAAGGAAACCGACAUCGCCGACAUCGCCAACAAGUUAAAUGGUCUACUCAUUGCUGCUUAUGACAACGUGUUCAUCACCUUGUGUUCUAUUGUCAUGUAUUUAUCCGAGCUUUCUACAGUUUAUGAUGCCGUCCUGAAAGAGCAAAUGGAGAUAGCAAGUUCAUCAAAAGCAGAAGGAGAGUUGCUCAACUGGGGUGACAUACAAAAAAUGAAAUAUACAUGGAACGUCGUAUGUGAAGUGUUGAGAUUGGAGCCGCCAAAUCCUGGAACUUUUAGAGAGGCAAUGUCCGACUUUGUUUAUGAAGGAUAUCUGAUUCCAAAAGGAAUGAAGUUAUACUGGAGUGUGUUUUCGACACAUAAAGACCCAGAGUACUUCCCAGAUCCAAAGAAGUUCGACCCAUCAAGGUUCGACGGAGGAGGACCGGCACCUUAUUCGUAUGUUCCAUUUGGAGGAGGACCUCGGAUGUGCCCUGGAAGAGAAUAUGCUCGUUUAACGAUUCUGGUUUUCAUGCAUAACUUGAUCACUAGAUUCAGGUGGGAGAAGGUUUUUCCUGACGAGAAAAUGGUGAUGACCCCAUUUCUUCUUCCUACCAAAGGACUUCCGGUUCGCCUUUAUCCCCAUACAUCAUCAUUGUGAGCCAAACGAAGGAGGACUUGAACUCGCACACUUCAACUAGUUUCUCUUGUUAUAUAUUUAUGAAUACGAGGGGAAUUAUACGUAUAA